GGAGGGAGCACGAGCAGUGGGAGUCCGUUCCAUCCGCAUCAUCCCACUUAAAGUAUGUGAUUAACAUUUGUUUGUGUUUGUGAUAAGGUGGUUGACCCAUCACUCUUUCAUUUCCAAAUUCUCCGUGAGAGAUUGCUUGUGAUUAUGGCAGCCAGAAGGCUCUCUUCUUUCUUGCUCUCUCGUUCUCCAUCUCUUUCAUCUACUUCUCCCUUCCACUCACAAGGGAGCUACUCUAUCCUCACAAGGGGCAUCAACAGGUUUGGCACUGCUGCAGUAGCUGAGGAACCCAUUGCUCCACCUGUUGAAAUCAAUUACACCAAGCUUCUAAUCAAUGGCCAGUUUGUGGAUUCUGCAUCUGGUAAAACAUUUCCAACUUUGGAUCCUCGAACUGGCGGAGUAAUUGCAGACAUUGCUGAAGGAGAUGCGGAAGAUAUCAAUCGCGCAGUGUCUGCUGCGCGCAAGGCAUUUGAUGAAGGACCAUGGCCAAAAAUGACCCCUUAUGAAAGAUCUCGGAUCUUGUUGCGCUUUGCAGAUUUGCUUGAGAAACACAAUGAUGACGUUGCAGCGCUUGAAGCAUGGGACAGUGGGAAGCCUUAUGAACAGGCUGCCAAUGCUGAAAUACCACUCGUUGUCCGCCUAUUUCGCUACUAUGCUGGUUGGGCAGAUAAAAUCCAUGGCCUCACAGUUCCAGCUGAUGGACCACACCAUGUGCAAACUUUGCAUGAGCCCAUAGGUGUUGCUGGACAGAUAAUUCCUUGGAACUUUCCUCUCCUCAUGUUUGCUUGGAAAGUUGGGCCUGCAUUGGCAUGCGGUAAUUCUGUUGUCCUAAAAUCUGCAGAGCAAACACCACUGACUGCUCUCUAUGCGGCAAAACUGUUCCAUGAGGCUGGUCUCCCUCCUGGUGUUUUAAAUGUAGUUUCUGGCUAUGGUCCAACAGCUGGUGCAGCUCUAGCCAGUCAUAUGGAUGUGGACAAGCUUGCUUUUACUGGCUCAACAGAAACUGGAAAGGCCGUACUUGGAUUGGCUGCACAAAGCAAUCUUAAACCAGUGACAUUAGAGCUCGGAGGAAAAUCACCGUUCAUUGUCUGCGAGGAUGCUGACAUUGAUGAAGCUGUGGAGCUAGCACACUUUGCCCUGUUUUUUAAUCAGGGGCAAUGCUGUUGUGCUGGUUCUCGUACAUUCGUUCAUGAACGUGUUUAUGAUGAAUUCUUAGAAAAAGCAAAAGCUCGUGCAAUGAAACGUAUAGUUGGUGAUCCCUUCAAGAAGGGUGUUGAACAAGGUCCUCAGAUAGACUCGGAGCAAUUUGAGAAAAUUCUCGGGUUCAUACGAUCUGGUAAUGAAAGCAAUGCCACCCUUGAAUGCGGGGGAGGAAGAUUUGGCUCCAAAGGAUACUACGUCCAACCUACUAUAUUCUCAAAUGUUCAGGAUGGUAUGUUGAUAGCACAGGAAGAAAUUUUUGGCCCGGUGCAGUCGAUCCUGAAAUUCAAGGACGUGAAUGAAGUGAUCAGAAGAGCCAACGCCUCAAAAUAUGGUCUAGCUGCUGGAGUUUUUACCAAAAACAUCGAUACAGCUAACACCUUGAUGCGAGCUCUCAGGGUUGGUACAGUAUGGAUAAACUGUUUUGAUGUGUUCGAUGCUGCAAUUCCGUUUGGUGGUUAUAAAAUGAGUGGGACUGGCAGGGAAAAAGGGAUCUACAGCCUUCAAAACUAUCUGCAAGUGAAGGCUGUUGUCACUCCCUUGAAGAAUCCUGCAUGGUUGUAGUUCACUCAUAUGAUCAGUAAAGUAGUCAAGUUAAACACAGAGAGCAAAUAAAUGUGAUUUUGUAUUGGUGGGAAGUUAAAAAUGUUGAUCUGGUUAUGCUCUCAGAUUUUUAUAAAUUUUUUUGUGUUUUUUUAAUAUUAUGGAAUAAAUUAUGGUGUUUCUUUGUUUUUGUGUUUAA